CCCCGCCCUCCGCCUCUCUUCCCCCUCCCCGCCCAGCAGCGGUCGCUCGGGCCCCGGCUCUCGGUUAUAAGAUGGCGGCGCUGAGCGGCGGCGGCGGCGGUGGCGCGGAGCAGGGCCAGGCUCUGUUCAACGGGGACAUGGAGCCCGAAGCCGGCGCCGCGGCCUCUUCGGCUGCGGACCCUGCCAUUCCCGAGGAGGUGUGGAAUAUCAAACAAAUGAUUAAGUUGACACAGGAGCAUAUAGAGGCCCUAUUGGACAAGUUUGGUGGGGAGCAUAAUCCACCAUCAAUAUAUCUAGAGGCCUAUGAAGAAUACACCAGCAAGCUAGAUGCCCUCCAACAGAGAGAACAACAGUUAUUGGAAUCCCUGGGGAAUGGAACUGAUUUUUCUGUUUCUAGCUCUGCAUCAACGGACACCGUUACAUCUUCUUCCUCUUCUAGCCUUUCAGUGCUACCUUCAUCUCUUUCAGUUUUUCAAAAUCCCACAGAUGUAUCACGGAGCAAUCCCAAGUCACCACAAAAGCCCAUCGUUAGAGUCUUCCUGCCCAAUAAACAGAGGACAGUGGUACCCGCAAGAUGUGGAGUGACAGUCCGGGACAGUUUAAAGAAAGCUCUGAUGAUGAGAGGUCUGAUCCCAGAGUGCUGUGCUGUUUACAGAAUUCAGGAUGGAGAGAAGAAACCCAUCGGCUGGGACACUGACAUCUCCUGGCUCACCGGAGAGGAACUGCAUGUAGAGGUGUUGGAAAACGUCCCUCUUACAACGCACAACUUUGUACGGAAAACUUUUUUCACCUUAGCAUUUUGUGACUUUUGUCGAAAGCUGCUUUUCCAAGGUUUUCGCUGUCAAACCUGUGGUUAUAAAUUUCACCAGCGUUGUAGUACAGAGGUUCCACUGAUGUGUGUUAAUUAUGACCAACUUGAUUUGCUGUUUGUCUCCAAGUUCUUUGAACACCACCCAAUACCACAGGAGGAGGCCUCCAUAGCAGAGACUGCCCUCACAGCCGGGUCGUCCCCGUCUGCACCCCCCUCCGACUCUACUGGGCCCCAAAUUCUCACCAGUCCGUCUCCUUCAAAAUCCAUUCCAAUUCCACAGCCUUUCCGACCAGCAGAUGAAGAUCAUCGAAAUCAAUUUGGACAACGAGACCGGUCUUCGUCAGCUCCAAAUGUGCAUAUAAAUACGAUAGAACCUGUCAAUAUUGAUGAAAAAUUCCCAGAAGUGGAAUUACAAGAUCAAAGGGACUUGAUUAGAGACCAGGGGUUUCGUAGUGAUGGAGGAUCAACCACAGGCUUGUCUGCCACCCCCCCUGCCUCAUUGCCGGGCUCGCUCACUAAUGUGAAAGCAUUACAGAAAUCUCCAGGGCCUCAGCGGGAAAGGAAAUCAUCUUCAUCUUCAGAAGACCGGAAUCGAAUGAAAACACUUGGUAGAAGGGAUUCAAGUGAUGAUUGGGAGAUUCCUGAUGGACAGAUCACAGUGGGACAGAGAAUCGGAUCCGGGUCGUUUGGGACCGUCUACAAGGGGAAGUGGCAUGGCGAUGUGGCGGUGAAAAUGUUGAAUGUGACCGCACCCACCCCUCAGCAGUUACAGGCCUUCAAAAAUGAAGUCGGAGUGCUCAGGAAAACUCGGCAUGUGAACAUCCUGCUCUUCAUGGGCUACUCAACAAAGCCCCAGCUGGCCAUCGUCACCCAGUGGUGCGAGGGCUCCAGCCUGUACCACCACCUGCACAUCAUCGAGACCAAAUUCGAGAUGAUCAAGCUUAUCGAUAUUGCACGGCAGACCGCGCAGGGCAUGGAUUACUUACACGCCAAGUCAAUCAUCCACAGAGACCUCAAGAGUAAUAAUAUUUUUCUUCAUGAAGACCUCACAGUAAAAAUAGGUGACUUUGGUCUAGCCACAGUGAAGUCUCGAUGGAGUGGGUCCCACCAGUUUGAGCAGCUCUCUGGAUCCAUUUUGUGGAUGGCACCAGAAGUAAUCCGAAUGCAAGAUAAAAACCCAUAUAGCUUUCAGUCAGAUGUCUAUGCAUUUGGGAUUGUUCUAUAUGAAUUGAUGACUGGACAGUUACCUUAUUCAAACAUCAACAACAGAGACCAGAUAAUUUUUAUGGUGGGGCGAGGAUAUCUCUCUCCAGACCUCAGCAAGGUACGAAGUAACUGUCCGAAAGCCAUGAAGAGGCUGAUGGCGGAGUGCCUGAAGAAGAAGAGAGACGAGAGGCCGCUCUUUCCCCAAAUUCUUGCCUCUAUUGAGCUGCUGGCCCGCUCAUUGCCAAAAAUUCACCGCAGUGCAUCAGAGCCCUCCUUGAAUCGGGCCGGCUUCCAGACGGAGGAUUUUAGUCUCUAUGCUUGUGCUUCUCCAAAAACACCCAUCCAGGCAGGGGGAUAUGAUACAGAAUUUUCAAUGCAUAAGCUGGUGUGGAACAGAAUGGAAUUUCCCAUCCAACAAAAGAGGGAAGAAUGUCUUAGGAACCAGAAUUCUCUGCUGCCAGUGUUUCUUCUUCAACACAAACACCACGAGCAUACGAGUCUGCCCGCUCCCAGGAAGGAGGAGGAGAGAGCCUGAGUUCUGAGCCCUGGCGGCCAGGCGUGAUGGAGCCGAGCUGCCGCUACCGCUUGGGAGAUGGGCUGCGGAGAGCCGGCCGCGGCUCCGCCCCGCUCACCGCCAGGCCCGCGUGUGGCCAGGCCCUGCCGUUUGCAGUCGCCAAGCACCGUUCUCUUCCCUGUUCUGGGAUUCGGUCGCGGAGCUCUGUCCCCUAGCCACCGCCGUUCAUUUCUGAGGGAUGGAACAAAAAUGCAGCAUGGCCUUUCUGUGGGGUGCGUGUCCAGGCUUUGGCGCGUUUUAUCAAGUGAAGCCGUGUAAUUUAAAUGGAGAACGAGAGGUGAGGACGAGGGCCCUGGGGGUGUUGGAGAAGGAGACGCUGCAUCUUGUUCCUGACCUCCUGGGUUCUGGCCUUUGUUCCCUUGCUCACGAGGGUGGCCGCCUAACCGCGCAGGCUGGGGAGCGCUGGCGCACAUUGCCUUCUCUUCUCACUGGGUCCAGCAAUGAAGACAAGUGUUGGGGAUUUUGUUUUCCUCCACAAUGUAGCACGUCCUCAGGAAAAUACAGUUGAUAUCUUCCUCCUAAGCUCUUCCAGUCAUCAAGUAACUUGUGUGGCUACUUUGUCCAGGGCACAAACGCCAUGGCAGUAUCUAAUUAAAAGCCUACAAAACUGCUUGAUAACAGUUUUGAAUGUGAGACAUUUAUGUAAUUUAAAUGUAAGGUACAAGUUUUAAUUUCUGAGUUUCUUCUAUUAUAUUUUUAUUAAAAAGAAAAUAAUUUUCAGAUUUAAUUGGAAUAAAACAAUACUUCCCACCCGAAUUAUAUAUCCUGGAAAAUUGUAUUUUUGUUAUAGACACAACUUUUAAAGAAAGAUCAUUAUCCUUUUCUCUACCUAAAUAUGGGGAGUCUUAGCGCAAUGACAGAUAUUCAUAAUUUUUAAAUUAAUGGUACUUGCUGGAUCCACACUAACAUCUUUGCUAAUAUCUCGUGUUUUCCUCCAACUUAUUCCUACACUACAUCCUCCAUCCUUUUUCCAGUCUUUUAUCUAGAAUAUGCAACCAAAAAUAAGAAUGGUGGUGUCUCCAUUCAUGCUCCUCCUCCCUUUCUUCCCAAGCCUGGUCCUCAGAAGGCUGGGUAAUUUGGCAGCUGGGCUCCCCAAGCAGAGAAUGGAGCAAUUCGAGGUGUGUUGGGACUGAGGGAGGAUGCGUGGGGCCUGACAGCGGCUGCCUUCUAUAGAAAGGGCCGCUGUGGUCCUGAGAACCUCGUCCUUUGUCUUUGCAUAAGUGGGAAAGAGAACCUACUCGUCGCUUCCUUUGGCCUUUCCUAAAGGGUGGUAUAAUUGCAGUAGCAACCAAGAAAGUAACUCCGUAUGUAUUAAUGGCAAAUUAAUGACAAAUACCUCCCUUAUCAUGAGUCUAGAAACUGUUGCCAUGAUUUAGGAAUGUAUAUCAAAUCAAACGUCCGUAGCCCAACCAAGCUCUGAAGGCAAGGACCUUAAGGAAAUUAGGACCUAUAAAAUAAAUCCGGGAAUUAGAAAUGGGUAGUUAAACAUUUCAAAUUGUAACUCACCCCACUAUCUUUCAGUUUGUUGAGCUCACUGCCAUCCGAUGCUUUUUGCUAAAGUACCUGAAUUCAGAGGAAGGCCUACUGAAAAUUCCACAGACUUACAGAAGGUUGUCCUAGUAAAAUGGGAAGUAUCCUGAAGUUAUUAAAAAGUUUGAAAAGCAGUGUGUUUAUCUUAAGUUUUACAUGAGCAGAGCAGUAUCUUACAAAAAUCAGAAAUUGUAAAGAUUCGUGCUGACUUGAAGGGCAUCUUGUGUGCAUAAUGCUGCUUCUCUCUUCAAAGCAUCGUUUUAUUUUUUCUUUUUAACUACGUCCCCAUCCAUGCUCGUAAGCUGGUUAGCAUGUUCCCUUUACCAAGACUGAAGGGAGCUGGGUUGGGAAAGCAGGCCUGUCCCGCUGGGCUCUCCGGGGGCGGGAGAUGGGGACGCUCAGCUUUGGAAUCUUCAAAAUAAAGUUCGAGGUGAUACACAUUUUUCUUUCCAUUCUAUUUAGAAUAGGUUGCUGUCUCACUUGAAGAGAGGGAACAGACUUUUUUAUAGAGCCCUUAAAAAAUUAAAAAUAAAAUUUUAACAUUUCUGUACCCUUUUUUCCAUCAAAUCGUUUUUUUUCUAGUUUACAAAUGACAUGACAAAGGGGUUUCCUCUUAUUUUUUGAUGCUUAGACUACAGAUAGACUUGUUGUGAGCUCCUAAGAAGACGCAAGGAAGAACUUGUUUGUGCAAAGCACUUUAUGAAUAAUGUUGUACAGAUAGUGUGUGGCUGCUUCACUGACUGUCUUGUAAGGUUGUAGUUACCUGUCUUUUCUGUAACAUGGCUGCGGUGCCUUCUAUAGUGUAUUUUAUUUUGGGUAAGGAGAGGUGGAGCCUCCUGGAAAAUUUGAGAGCAAACAUGAAAGAUUGUUUCAAAAUAUGUAGUAUUCCUGAUGGACUUUUUGGUCAUCAAACUAGAGUGUAGCAUCUAGACUUUUGCCACUGAAAUAACGAUGACCAAAAAGUAAUUUAUAAAAGGGAUUUGUGAAUAGAAAACCCAGUGCGAUCAUUCAUACUGAUAUGCACCUUAAAAGAAGAUUUCUGUCUAGCCGUCAAAUUCUGGUUCCUGAACACCCAGUGCCUGAUUGCACUUAGGUCCUGUAGGAUGUGUGGAGCGUCAUGGAAGACAGAGUGCCGUAUAAAGCUUGUGUGUUACAUUGAUGUUGGCGUUGGAAGAGAACGAGCAUAUUAUAUAGUUACAAAGAGGAGGUAAUCAGGACGUCAACACUGGCAGCCAGAAACUCUGUAAACACUGCCCAGGCUCUCCGCUGGUGCACUCCCCACUCUCCGAGCACCCAGAGUCCUCUUCCGGUGACCAGGCAGUGCUGGGGCUGCACCCUCCCAGCCCCGCCUGCCCCUCCUGUGCACUCGCCCCCCAGCCUUGUGUGGCCUCCAUCUAGCUUUAGAUUGAAGCACAUUGCAGGGUUCAGGUGACCUCUUCAAAAAACUACCUCCUUAGAAUGAGGUAAUGAAUAGUUAUUUGUUUUAAAAUAUGAAAAGUCAGGAGCUCUAGAACAUGAAGAUGACUUAAGAUUUUAACUUUUAUGUGUACUUGUAUUUGAGCACUCUCAUUUUGUCCUAGCAGGCAUUAUGCAUUUCAGCAGUAAAACUGAAAAAUGUAGCCCAGAGUUUCUGAACGUUGUUGCACGUGGUGCCAGAAUCUGCUUAGGGGUGCACUUCCAAAGCCUGACCUUAAGUCAGCUGCAUGAAAUUAAAUCAUGACGGUAACAGUUCAUGAACGGUGAAACACUUUGCGUUUUCAGUAGGCGUGGCAGGACAGUACAUCUUCAUGACGCGUCAGCCACAGCUCCGUCACGUGCACAGACCCUUCUAGAGAGACUGCCCGGCGAAGAGGGUAGAAUGAUGCCCCCUGAUAAUCUCUUUGGUCUGAGUUGGCAUCAUUAGCGCUAGAAUACCAGCACCUUGGGACGAGCAGACUCCAACCAUUGGGCUACUAAAAAAAAAAAAAAAAGAAGAAGAAAGUAACCAGACAUGGAAAGUUUACUGUAUGAACAGCAGAUAGCUUAGAGGUCACACGUUGAAAUGGUGUAGGUGAGGCUCUAGAAAAAUACCUUGACAAUUUGCCAAAUGAUCUUUACUGUGCCUUCACGAUGCAAUAAAAAGCUAAAAUUUUAGCAGAAAUCAGUGAUAUGUGAAGAGAGCAGCCACUCUGGUCUAACUCAGCUGUGUUAAUAUUUUGUAGAGCGCAACGUAGACUGCAAAGAUCAGUGCACUCACGGGUUUAUAGCUGAAAUCACAUUUAAAAAAUGAGAAAACACACAGGUAAAUUUUCAGUGAACAAAAUUAUUUUUUUAAAGCACGUAAUCCCUAAUAGAGUCAGACAUAUUUAUCACAUAGAGCAAGUAGGUUGAAAAUUAUAGUUCAAUGACAUUUCUAGAGAAACUUUUUCUACUCCAAUAGGUUCUUCAAAGCAUGGAACUUUUAUAUAACAGAAAUGUUUGACAUUUUAAGGAGUUGCUGUCGUUUGCGGUUGGAAAUCCUACAUGCUGGGCAGCAGUCCCUUCUCCAGAGGAGGAGGAAGCUAAUAACACAGAGGACAGAAUCUGAUGUUCUCACUUUGCAGAUCACUGCCAACCUACACAGUGAUUUUUCAGAGUUUAAAAUGUAAACUGGCCUCCCAGGACUUGUAUGCAAAUUAAGUGAAGCUGUCCUGCUAAUGCUGUUUGGGGUGCCAUGGGGGGCCCGUUAGGCGGAGGCACUGGGGCAGUCAGGGACACGGCCAGCCGGUACGAACUGGACACACUCCAUGGUGUGUAUUUUCUAUCUUGUGUCAUUCCCUGCUACCCCCAGGAAAGGCCCUGACUCUGUCCAGCGGGCUCUCGGCUGUUGGACUAAGUUGUGUUACUGAUGCCCGCAGGUUGUUGAGCCCCGAGGAGGGCAGGUUUUCUGCCCGAUGUGUAUAUUGGCCAGAGGUGAGGGAGGUGGCCGGUGUGCUCUGCUAAGACUGAAAAUACUGGUAAGAUUUUUGUUUAAUCAGCACACUAGAGAGUAAGCUUUGUUCUGUUGUCUUCUGAUUACUUCACUUCUGUUCGGACAGAAAUUGACAUUGAGUCCUAAAUUUUGCCAGUGGCAGAAAGGGUAAUUAACAAUUUCUAUCAGGAUUUUUAAGGUUGAGGAGGACAGAAACGUUAAGUCGUUCAGUCUUAAAGUAAAGCAACUGCUUUAUUUUAACACGCAUUAAGGAUGGUUCGUCCCCACCUCAAAGAAGUGAUGAGGUGGAUCUUUUAUUUCAACAUCCACAACUUCAGCUGUUAAUUUUUUAAUCCCUUUUUAUUUAAUUUUUUUACCCGUUGACACUCUCUACCCAGCUGUUAAUUUAGUUUUAUUAAUUAUUAAAUUCGUUUUAUUAAAAUGUUUAAUUUUAUUAAAAUGUAUGUUACUUAACAGAAUUCUGUUCUAAUUGUAGUGCACGAGGACACAGCCAGCGUUAUCGUGUGUGUGUGUGUGUGUGUGUGUGUGUGUGUGUGUGUAGGUUGCGUUGUAAGAACUCAGUAGAUCGAAGUGGUCCUGGAGAGCAGCCGCAGUGUUUGUCCGAGUCAGUACCCAACCCAAGGUGCGGGGCAGCUGCUGCCGCUCGGCAGGCCGAGCCUGUCGUCCAGCGUCGCGGGCCGCUGGCCGGCGUCACCGUGCGUGGGAGCCGGGCUGGAAGGUCGCGGAGGAGCCUCGGCAGAGGAGGGUUCUGCUUACAGAGGCAGAGAUGGGGUUAAAGUUGCUUUAGUACCAGUUUUGUGUUGGAAAGGAUUCCGUCUUGCACCUGUGCGUUACGCCUUUUUCGCCCCACGUGUGGUUUGGUGGAAGAAACUUGAGACAGCACAGGCAACAGAGCUCACGCAGGAGGCACAGACGUAGAGAACGUGGACACGAUGGGAGGUGGGCGGGUGUGGGAGUUAGUGGGCUAGGGAAAAAUUGAUGUGAUGGUGGGAAAUAAACUAUAAUUACCUGAAAUAAAAUGUAAGUGCAAUAAGUGUGCUUUUUAUUCUAAGCUGUGAAGUUUUUUAAAAGAAAUCAUUCCUUCCUCAUACAUUUGUGUAUGUUCCAUGGCUGAUGAAAACCAGCAGUGGAAACAUAAUGCCUUUUUAUUCCUGUUAAUUACCAACGUAAGUGGCUAACCUUCAUGUCUUAUUUAUCUUCAUGUUCUAAUAGUUUACAUACAGGAGUGUGCGUGUGUGUGUGUGUGCGCGCGUGUGUGUGUGUGCCCUCCUCCAUUCAGAAAUGCAUUCAUUGGGUCCUCUGUUCUUCCGUUGGCCAUGCCACAGGUUAUGUUCUUGAUCUGGCCAUCCUGAUAGAGCCUGAUUUGAAGGACUAUCACAGUGCUCUGUUUUUGUGGUGUUCUCAUGUGUUAGUUGUACACUCUGACGCUUUCCUCACUCAGCAGUAGCUUUCUUAGGAGUGUCCAGCUGAUGAGGGGACUGAAUCUGACCAUUCCUCGACACACGUCCCUUUGAAUUCUAGUUCAGUACUUAGGAUUGCUCUUUGGUUUAAACCAAGAAAAAGGAAAUCACCCCCCUUUUCAUUUACUUCUUGGUUUGAGGACAAUUCUUCUAGAAGGGAGAGGAGAGGAAAGCCCUUCAUGUUUUCACUGCAGUGAAUUAACGGCUCUUGGCUUAGCACUCCGAACCUUACGGCCAUUCACAUUCACAUUCCUCUCUCUCUUGCAGCCAAAGGUUGGUUUGGCUUUAGUUCGCUUCGGUUCCACUCAAGCAUUGAAAAGGUUCUCCUGGAGUCUGGGGUGUGCCCAGUGAAAAAAAUGGGGACUUUUAAAUUGUCCACAGACCUCUUUAUACCUGCUUUGCAAAAAUUACAUGGAGUAACUAUUUUUAAAGCUUAUUUUUCAAUUCAUAAAAAAGACAUUUAUUUUCAGUCAAAUGGAUAAUGUCUCCCCCUUGUCCCUCAAUCCUCAAUGUUUGCUUGAACCUUUUUUUUUUUUUUUAAAAUCUUCCCCAUACCCAUUCCUUGAUACUUUGGUUCUUUCCUGCUCAGGUCCCUUCAUUUGUACUCUCGAGUUUUUUUCAUGUAAAUUUGUACAAUGGAAAAUAUUGUUCAGUUUGGAUAGAAAGCAUGGAGAAUUAAAAAGAUAGCUGAAAUUCAGAUUGAAGAGAUUUAUUUCUGUGUAAAGUUAUUUAAAAACUCUGUAUUAUAUAAAAGGCAAAAGUUCUAUGUACUUGAUGUGAAUAUGCGAAUACUGCUAUAAUAAAGAUUGACUGCAUGGAGAA